CAUGCUCGGUGACGUUUCACGGGGCGGCGGCGGCGGCGCUUGAGUCUCCUAUCGUGGGCGGGAGCGCGGCAGCGGAGCGCGCGCUUUUUAUUUAUUUUUCUGCAAUCCGGUUCUUUCUCUGCGGAUCGUGGCCAUGAGUCUCUGGGUGGACAAGUACCGGCCGAACUCCCUCGGCAAAGUGGACUAUCACCGGGAUCAGGCAGCGCAGCUUCGCAACCUGGUUCAGUGUGGCGACUUUCCUCAUCUGUUAGUGUAUGGGCCCUCAGGAGCUGGAAAAAAGACCAGAAUAAUGUGCCUGCUGAGAGAACUGUAUGGCUCUGGAGUGGAGAAGCUGAGGAUUGAACAUCAGAGCAUAACAGCGCCUUCUAAAAAGAAGAUUGAAAUUAGCACUAUUGCCAGCAACUAUCACCUUGAAGUUAACCCAAGUGAUGCAGGAAACAGUGACCGGGUGGUAAUUCAGGAAUUACUGAAGACAUUAGCUCAGUCACAGCAACUUGAGACAAGCACCCAGCGAGAUUUUAAAGUGGUGCUGUUGACUGAAGUGGACAAGCUUACAAAAGAUGCCCAGCAUGCGUUGCGCCGAACCAUGGAGAAGUAUAUGGCUACCUGCAGAUUAAUUCUGUGCUGCAAUUCUACAUCGAAAGUCAUUGCACCUAUCCGGAGCAGGUGCCUUGCAGUGCGAGUGCCUGCGCCCAGCAUUGAAGAUAUCUGCAACGUAUUGUCCGUUGUGUGUAAGAAGGAGGGUCUGGUUCUUCCUCGAGAACUCGCUCAGAGGAUUGCAGAAAAGUCCGGCCGAAAUCUCCGAAAGGCCCUUCUGAUGUGUGAGGCAUGCAGGGUGCAACAGUAUCCUUUCACUCCAGACCAAGACAUUUCCGAGACGGACUGGGAGGUAUAUCUGAGAGAGACGGCAAACGCCAUUGUUGGUCAGCAGACCCCGCAGAGGCUCCUGGAAGUUCGUGGGCGACUCUAUGAACUCUUAACCCAUUGCAUUCCUCCAGAGAUUAUAAUAAAGGGCCUUCUGACUGAACUUCUGAACAAUUGUGAUGGACAACUGAAAGGAGAGGUUGCACAGAUGGCAGCUUUCUAUGAGCACCGGCUGCAGCUGGGCAGCAAGGCCAUUUAUCACCUGGAAGCAUUUGUGGCUAAGUUUAUGGCCAUCUAUAAGAAGUUUAUGGAAGACGGACUAGAAGCCAUGAUGUUCUGAUAUGUUGCUUUGAGAACCCUCAUGUUUUUUGGGAUGCUGACAAGUUCUGUCGAGAAAGCUGUACAAACCACAGGUCACCGGUACAUUUCUGUGUUGGACAAUAAAAUACUAAGUGCUGAAUUCGA